AUUAUCAUGGUGUAACAGUGGCAGUGGCAGUGACAAGCUGACAAAAACUGACAAGUGGUAGGGGAUUGAUUAGGGAAUAGUGUACGAAGAAGUGGUGCUGGUGAAGUGAUCUUCAGGGAUCUUAGUUAGCGACGAGUCUCAAAUUAUCAAAGAGCUGAAAUUUCCAAAAUGGGGCUAACAAUUUCCAGUCUCUUGACACGUCUUUUCGGCAAGAAGCAGAUGAGGAUCCUGAUGGUUGGAUUGGACUCAGCUGGUAAAACAACAAUCUUGUAUAAACUCAAGUUAGGCGAGAUAGUCACAACUAUCCCUACAAUUGGAUUCAAUGUCGAAACCGUUGAAUACAAAAAUAUUUCUUUCACUGUGUGGGAUGUCGGUGGUCAGGAUCGAAUUCGGCCCCUGUGGAGACAUUAUUUUCAGAAUACUGAAGGACUGAUUUUUGUUGUGGACUCAAAUGAUAGAGAAAGAAUAACGGAGGCUUCAAAUGAGCUGCACAACAUGUUGCAAGAAGAUGAACUCAGGGAUGCUGUGCUCCUAGUUUUCGCCAACAAACAAGAUCUUCCUAAUGCUAUGAAUGCAUCUGAACUAACAGAAUUAUUGGGAUUAAGUCAAUUAAGAAGUAGACGUUGGUAUAUCCAGGCCACGUGCGCCACCCAAGGACACGGGUUAUACGAAGGAUUAGAUUGGCUGUCAAACGAACUCUCCAAAAAGUAAAGUAAAACUGCUUGAUGGAAGUGACGUGCAAAUUUCUUCAAUUUAUUUUGCGUUCUCAAACUAUUUUGUAUGUACAGCCCUCUACUCCCAAUUUCUUCUUCGUUCUCUAGGAGUUAAAAUGUUGUAAAUAGAUCAGGUUUGUUGCGCAAAUGAAUACUUCAAAAUGGUUACUUCUGACUUACAUAGUCCUCCAUUCAUAGUUUUUUAAUUUUUUUUUUCUUCCCUCUUGAUUAUUAUUAUUUUUCUGUAAAUGUUGUUUUAUAUUGUUAUCAGAAGUUCGAUUUAAAGGCAAACUGGGUCAAAAGAGUUGGAGAAUAUAAAAAUUUUUUCCUUUUGUAGAAACAGGAAAUUCCACAGCUUAUGAAGAAAGCACGAUCUCUGUCAAUGAUUAAUUUCUGUUUAGGGCUGGAUUUAUGAUCAUUGUGCCCUAUGCUGCAGUCUGUGGUGUGAGCCCCCUGAAUAUGCAUCUCCCCUUGGAGGGAUUUGACAGUAAUCUUCCCCUGUAGAAAAGGUGCCAAAAGAGCUUUUUUAGAUAAAGUUGAAAUUUCAACCCCUCGUAAACACAAUUUGAGGACUUUUUUGGAAUAUGUAAUGCAAGAAGAAGAGAAAAUUCAGGCCGAAAAAUGCCUCAUGACAAACCUUUGGUUACCGAAAAAUAAUUCUUUCGGCCCAUUCUUAAAAUCAUUAAAUUUUAAGUUGAAAUUAGGAGGAAAUUAGCUGUAUGGAAAGAAGACCUAAAAUUCCAAAAGUAAUCAUGAAUGCAACAUAGGUUGUUUUAAUGAACAGCAAAAAUACUGCCAGAAAAAAGGCCAAGAAUAUAUUUGUAAUCUUGAUACGCUCCUUCACAACAAGUGAGAUUUAGCAAUAACGUUCCACUAAUUCAAUCUCAAAUGGGGAGGGGGGUGACCGAGGCGCACGCUUAGUUUGCCUACGUAAUGAAUCCGGCCCAUUACUGUUUAUUAGAUUUCGUUAUUACGUGAACUAGUGAGUAUUUUUAUUGAAUUUUUGUUUUAAAAGUGUACAUAUUCCUAACUUUCAAGUGGCAAAGAAGGCGAUUUUACCUUUCUUAAGUGCCUCCAUUUAUAUACUUUUUUAAGUCUUUUGGUAUUUUUAAUACCGGUUUAAAUAGGAAAGCUCAUGCAUUUAAAUCAGACAUAUUUAUAUUGAAUAUCUAGCAUUCUUCCUCCAGUUACACUUAAAUUCAAUGCAGACUUGAUUUGAAUCAUUGGACUUAGGAAUGCCUCAGAAUUUUGUACAAUUUUGUAAUUGAAACAUAAUAUACAUUAAAUUUAGUCAAAAGAUUUGUUGAUCCAAAACAAUGUUGCAUUUAACAGUAUGCACAGUUUUUUUUAUCAGUACUUCUUUUCAAAUAUCCUAAUCUGGGGCUGAAUUUUGUCGGCUCUUUCCCAAGGAGGUGCAGCACCCAUCAAUGAGUCCAAACCGCACCACUGGCCAAUCGGAAGCGCUAAGCCGGACUUAAAUGCAGUCUAGACUCAUCUUAAGUAUAUUUUAGUACAGUCGAAAAACCGACUAAAUUCGGCCACCGAAGGCUAGUUUUUCUCUCUGGUUCUAAGAAAUCUCAUCCAACAUCUCCAAAGCUGAAAAUUUUCUCGGUUUGGUUUGUUUCCACUUAUCAACAGUACUAUUCUUUAUCUUUCAUACCUUUGCCUUUUUCAAAUGAAAGUAUUAUUCAUCUUUCAAGCACUAAGAAAGACAGACCAUGGAUCAUAUAAGUGCGUAUUAUUUUUGCUCUUAUGUCGAUAGUUUUGUGAUUGCUUUUACUCAGAAAGGACAAACAGCCGUAAAGUGGAAGUCUCUUUAUUACGGCAACAAAUUUCAAAAAGAAAUUGCUUAAGUCAAGCUUUUAGCUAUUGUUUUUUAUAGGUGUCCAUUCUCUCUAGUGACCUAUAUUUCAAUUAAAACUUGUCAGACGUAACGCAUCUAGGAUCAAAGGCAGACAUCCUCACCAUUUAAAAUUCUUUUUAGAGGAUAGAAACUGUAAUUUUCGAAGUAUAAGAUCAAUCCUUUUUUAAUGAAGUUGGAUAUGCUUUGAACAAUUGAAGCAAGUAAUGGUUAAAAUUGAUGUAGAUCUAGGAAAGUUUCAACCAACUGUUUUCGAAGCUGGGCCCUUCUAUUUUGUAUCUGAAUCAUGAAACAAACAGUCACAUUCAAGGUCUCUUUUCUUAGUCUUCAUGCCAAGAGAAAUUGCUCAAAAAAAUCGAAGAGCACAUUAACAAUGCUAAUGCUGUAUAUAAGCCGUUUUCUUAAUUUUGCACCCUAAAAUUACAGCUUUCUAAUUUAGCUUUUUCGUAAUGAAAGUAAGUUUAGCUUUGCAGCUGUAAGCAUACUUUUAGAUCAAAACCAUCUGAACCUGUAUUAAGAUUCAUUCAUUCAACCAAUUCUUUUUUUGAAAUGCGGCAUGUUAAAGAAUUUCUUAUUUGGACUGAAUGGAAAAUUCUUUCGUAGAUUUUUGUAUAUGUCUCUGUUAAAUAUACCGGUCAAACCAUGGAA